AUGAGUACCCACCGUGGGGGCCCAAGGGAGAGACUUAGGUCCCCUGAAAGUUCAUGGCUGAAGGAGCUCAUCGCCCUGGGGCCUGGGGAACCGGCCUGGCAGGAAGUCCUGAGGAAGAUCCAGGAGUUCUCCCAAUCGGACCACCGAGACCCCUUCAUGGUGGCCGACCUGGACGAGCUGGCCAGCCGCCAUCAGGCUUUCCGCCAGGCCCUGCCAAGGGUCUGGCCCUUCUACUCGGUGAAGUCCAGCAGCAGCCCCUGGGUGCUGCGUGUCCUGGCUCCCUUGGGCACGGGCUUUGACUGUGCCAGCCAGGCGGAGCUGGAGCAUGUGCUGAGCCUGGGCGUGGCCCCCGUGUGCAUCAUCUAUGCCAACCCCUGCAAGGCCAGCGCCCACAUUCAGUAUGCCGCCUGCCACAGGGUGAAGCUCCUGACCUUUGACAGCGAGGAAGAGCUGACCGAGGUGGCCCAGCACCACCCUGGGGCCGGGCUGGUCCUCCGGAUAUUGGCUGAGGACAGCAAGAGCAGAUUCCCCUUGAACACCAAGUUUGGAGCCAGCCUGGAGGUUUGUGGACACCUGCUCACGACUGCCAGAGACCUGGGGCUGGCGGUGGUUGGAGCCAGCUUCCACGUGGGCUCCGAUUGCCAGACACCCCAGAGCUUCGCACAGGCUAUUGCUGACUGCUGCCGCGUGUUUGAGAUGGCAUGGGGCCACGACAAGAGCCUCCUGGAUCUCAGAGGGGGCUUCCCUGGAGCGGAGGGCUCUCAGCCUAAGUUUGAGGAGAUGGCGAGUGUCAUCAAUGCUGCCCUGGCCCAGGACUUUCCCGAGGGGACUGGUGUCGAGGUCAUCGCGGAGCCUGGACGCUUCUACAUGGCGCCCGUCUGCACAGUCGCAGUCAAAGUCAUCGGCAAGAAGGCGGUGCUGGAGCCCGGAGGCCUCUGGAAGCUGCUCUACUACCUCAAUGAGGGCUGGUAUGGUUCCUUCCGCAUCUUCCUCAGGGAGCCAGUCCUCAGGACACCCAUCGUAGUGAAGGAGGUCCUCUCAGAGCCCCGCCUCUGCCCCUGCACCCUCUUCCACCCCACGUGUGAUACCUUUGAUGGGCUCUCCUAGGAGGAGGUGUGGCUUCCCGAGCUGGACGUGGGCGACUGGCUCAUCUUCCCGGCCUUCCCGGCGGGGCCCUACACCUGCUGCAUGAGCUCCACCUCCAAUGGCUUCCUGCCUGCGGCAGUUCACUGUGCCCUGGGCCCCCAGCGCAGGUGUCUGGAGGGGUUGGAGGAAGGGCGCUGGGGCACUCUCACCAGGAGCCUGCUGGAGAUGGCGCCUUAGGCCAGUGCCUUGGGAAGGACAUUGGCAGAGGGGAGGGGAGGAACACCCAGAUGACCACCCUGCAGUGAGAGAGGGGACUGGACUUGGGGCCCACGCCAUCUCCUGUGUGUCUCCCAGUUGCCUUAUGAGGGCUGUCGUGGACCUACAGCCUCUGCAAAUGGUGCUCCCUGCCUGCUGGAGAAGUGCCACCAAUCCUGCGUCUGCCUCCUCAGCCUAGUCAAGGCCAGAAACUCUUUGUGGGCUGAAGAACAUUUACCCCCAACAUCUGAGGAAAAGGUGGGCUGCGGAUGCCCCUUGUGGAAGCCGGAGGGUCCAGAGAGCCUGCUGGACACUGUGCUUCUCAUUGGCUCUCCCCAGGGCCUUCAAAUUGGGUGUGGAAAUGUCCACCUCUACCCCUCAGAGGUGUUUGGGAGUACAGAUAUGAGUGGGCUUUGGGGAAAAUACAAAGUUGUGUUC